UAAAGUUGUAAUUUUGGACCUUUUCAUGCAGAAAUUACCGAAAAUAUGGCUCAAUACGAAUUCGAAAAUGGCGUCAACGACUGUUUGAAAAAGCUCGAAGCUCCUCUUUCUAAAGGGCCGGUCCCACGCUGGCAAAGGAAAGAGAGGGAAAGGAUUUUAGCUUCAACCGGAAAACCUUUAUCGCCGCUUCAAACCACUUCUCGCAACCAUGUGAACUCGAAGUUAUCGUCAAAAACUCAAACUCACACUCCGGGCAAAAGAGCAAAGACUCCAACGAAGACUCCUCAAAAGUCACCGAAAAAGUUUGGUCUGUCUCCUCGUGGUGACCGUUUUAUUCCUUCCAGGCCGCUUGUCGACUGUGAAUGGAGCCAUUUUCAAAUUAUGCAAGGAACGGACUCGGGCGAGGCGAACUGUGAGAUGGAAGUCGAAGGAAACUCGCAGUACUACUCAAAUAUGGCAGAGAAUUUGCAAAGCAGCUCAAGUAAUGGCAAGAUUCUACAUUUCAAGUCUGGAGCACCUGUGGCGAGGGAAGGACAUCAGAAUCAAUUAAGAGUGUUGUACUGUCAAAGCAAACCUGCUGCACCAAAAGCUAAGUCAACAAGACACAUCCCACAGGCUGAAGAUAGGAUUCUAGAUGCACCUGAACUUUUGGAUGAUUAUUAUCUAAACCUGUUAGACUGGGGCUCAAUAAACCAGCUUGCCCUUGCAUUGUCUGGUGCAGUUUACACAUGGAAUCCCAGUACUGGUGAGACCCAGCAUUUGUUUCAGUUGGAAGGUGAAGAUUACAUUUCCAGUGUCAGUUGGAUUGAUCAGGGUAGUAUUCUUGCUGUUGGAAGCAGUAAUGGUCAAGUCCAGUUAUGGGAUGUAGCACAAGCUAAGUGUGUUCGUGUGAUGGGAGGUCAUGCUGCUAGAGUGGGUUCACUUGCCUGGAACUCGUUUAUCUUGUCAAGUGGUUCACGGAGUGGGGCUAUUCAUCAUCAUGAUGUGCGAGUGGCAUCACAUCAUGUAGGGUCCCUUUUGGGCCACAGUCAGGAGGUGUGUGGUAUGCAGUGGAGUCCUGAUGGUAAGCUGUUAGCCAGUGGCGGUAAUGAUAACGUUCUGAAUAUCUGGACACAGAGAGGAGCUUCAGAUGAUGCUGCCACUCCACUUCAUACACUGACGCACCAUCAGGCUGCAGUUAAGGCAGUGGCAUGGUGUCCAUGGCAACCGAAUGUCCUGGCUAGUGGUGGUGGAACCGCUGACCGUCAUAUCAGAUUUUGGAAUGCAAACACAGGGUCUUGCCUUAGCAGUGUGGACACAAAUAGUCAGGUUUGCGCGCUGAUAUGGUCCAAGGAGUACAAAGAGUUAGUCUCUGGUCACGGUUUUUCCCAAAACCAGCUAACUAUCUGGAAAUACCCAGCCAUGUCACGCGUCAUGGAAUUAACUGGACACAUGUCACGCAUUCUUCACAUGACCAUGUCACCAGAUGGACAGUUUGUGGCGUCGGCUGCCGCAGAUGAGACCCUGCGGCUGUGGAAAUGUUUUGCCAGUCAGCAGAAAUCUAAAAAGACUUCAAGCAAAGGACUGGGAAGCGAAGGAAAGGGUUUGAUGUCGUGUAUGAAGGUUCGAUAGAGCAGGGAGCGUACUAAGAAUGUUAUGUAAAGGCGGACGUCUAUCAUGAUUAUGUAAAUAACAAAAGAUUCAAAGAUCUCGUUUUAAUGAUACUAAGAUAUGUAUGAAUAGCUUAUACCGAAACUUUGUCUAGUGUUAAUUCUAGCAGCUCCUCUCUCAUGACGUAUAGAUGCUCUCGGCCCUAGCUUAGAUAAAUGACCUAAAUCUGAAAUAAGAUUAUUCUUUAUCACUGGCAUACAUUUCCUUUUGUGCCUUAUUCUCUUAGCUGAUUACCCCACUUACUCCGGUGACAGUACAUUUAACAAUGUACAGGUGGAGGUGAAAGAAAUUCAACUUCUACUUCCCUCAGUGUCUCUCCAAACUUAGCGUAACCUGCUAUUACUAAAUGAUAUGUGUUUGCGGACACUGCUUUUAGCAAACGUUCCUUUUUCAGACUAUUGCAUUUUCUGAAAGACCCCACUCUUCGUAAAUUUUAAAAAUCGUAGAAUAUAUAAUUAGACUAGAAUUAAAUAGUAUGCAGAGUUGUAACAUACUUGUGAA